AUGGCACGCAGAAUCCGCCUGGGCGUCAUCGUCCCGUCUUCCAACACGGCGCUCGAACCACUCACGUCGGCAAUCGUCUCGUCCAUCUCCGACGCGGACCUCGACGUGAGCGUGCACUACUCGCGGUUCCGCGUGACGACCAUCGACGUCUCCAGCGCUGCCGACGCGCAGUUCCAGCUCGAGCCCAUGGUCGCCGCCGCCCGCCUCCUGGCCGACGCCGAGGUGGACGUGAUAGGCUGGAGCGGCACGUCGGCAGGAUGGCUCGGCUUCGACCGCGACGAGGUCCUCUGCAAGGCGAUCCAAGACGCAACGGGGGUCCCAGCGACCAGCUCGAUCCUGGCGAUGAACGCACUCCUCCGAGGCCUUCAGAGGCGUGGCAGCAGUGAGUCCGUGGAAAAGGUGAAGCCGAAGCUGGCCCUUGUGACGCCGUACGUCAAGAGCGUCAACGAUGCCAUCCGUGCCAACUACGCCGCGAUCGGCCACGAGAUCACGCCCGAGCGGGAGCGGUACCUGGGCAUGACGAAGAACACGGAUUUCGGCAACGUCGACGAAUCAACCCUCGACGCCAUGGUCGACGAGGUGGUCACCGAGGGCGGCGCGGACGUCGUCGCCAUUUACUGCACGAACCUGCGCGGCGCGGGCAGAGCAGCAUACUGGGAACAGCGCCAUCGUGGGAGCAACGGCGGCGGCGGCGGCGGCAGCGGCAGUAGUAGGGGCGUCGUGGUGCUCGACAGCAUCGCAACGACGGUAUGGGGCAUGUUGCAAACACUCGACGGCGUCGACCCUGCCUGUGUCAAAGGAUGGGGUGCGAUUUUUCAACAACCGACAACCAACAACUGA